AUGGCGGCCGGCUCCUCCCUUCUCUGCGGCAGCAUCUCAAUCAAUAAUGCAGGGGCGCUGCGGCAAAGCCGCAACCCCGAGGCGCAACCUUGCCCCGUUGCGCCAUCUAGCGUCCAUCGGCGUCCCCUGCAGGCUGCAACUGGAAGAUCAGGAAACUGCCUGGGCACGGAACGCACAGCCUGUGAAGCAGUAGCCCAGCUGGGAGGUGGAGACACAGCUCCUGUACAGAGAAGACAGGGGGGCUUUGUGUGCCUCCAGCAGAGGAGCUGCCACCUCGCCAGCCCUCCACACCCACCUCCGGGCGGCGGCAUGCAGCAGCUCCUCAUCCUCAUCCUUCUCCUUACCCGGCUAGCACUGUUCUGCUGCAGGGCACAGGACGCUGGGCUGCCAGACAGGACCCCUAGAGGAGGGCCAGGAGAAACCCCAGAAGUGCAUCAGCGUAAACAAGUUUGUCACUGGCCCUGCAAAUGCCCCCAACGGAAGCCAAAUUGCCCUCCUGGAGUGAGCUUGGUGAGGGAUGGCUGUGGAUGCUGCAAAAUCUGUGCCAAGCAACCAGGGGACCUCUGCAAUGAAGCUGACCUCUGUGAUCCACAUAAAGGGUUGUACUGUGACUACUCAGCAGAUAGGCCUCGGUUUGAGACUGGAGUGUGUGCAUACCUGGUAGCUGUUGGAUGUGAGAUCAACAGAGUUCAUUAUCAGAAUGGCCAAGUGUUUCAGCCCAACCCUCUGUUUAGCUGCCUGUGUGUGAGUGGAGCCAUUGGAUGCAUUCCUCUGUUCAUACCCAAGCUGGCUGGCAGCCGCUGCUCCGGAGCCAAAAUUGGAAAGACGUCAAACUGUGUUCUGGGACCAUCACAACGGCAGCUCCCAGAAAGCCACAAAACAAUGCCAGCCUACAGGAAUCUCCCACUUAUUUGGAAAAGAAAAUGUCUUGUGCAAGCAACAAAGUGGACUCCAUGCUCUAGAACAUGUGGGAUGGGCAUAUCUAACAGGGUGACCAACGAAAACAGUAACUGUGAAAUGAGAAAUGAGAAAAGACUAUGCUACAUUCAGCCUUGCAGCAGUAAUGUAUCAAAGACUGUAGAGAUUCCCAAAGGGAAAACAUGCCAACCUACUUUCCAGCUUGCCAAAGCUGAAAAAUUUGUCUUUUCUGGAUGUUCAAGUACUCAGAGUUACAAACCCACGUUUUGUGGAAUGUGCUUGGAUAGGAGAUGCUGCAUCCCUAAUAAGUCUACAAUGAUUACCAUUCAGUUUGACUGCCCUAAUGAAGGGUCAAUGAAAUGGAAGAUGUUGUGGAUAAUAUCUUGUGUAUGUCAGAGAAACUGCAGAGAACCUGGAGAUAUGUUUUCAGAACUCAAGAUUCUAUAAAAUAUGGGAUAAAGUUAACAUUAGUCAAUUGUAUCAUCUAUAAUAAAAAAA